UUGAAAAGCUGUGCUAAUGUCUACUGUCAAGUUAAAUUAUUUUGUUGUACUGUGAUCGCCAAUGGAACGAUUUUUUCUUCACAAAAAAAAAAGUUCUAUUGGGCAAAUUGUUGUUGUUCAUUGUACUUUCAACAGUUUUUUUUAUAAAACUACUAUUUUGUAUCCGAAUUUGUAAACAGUGCAACCUCAUGAAUUUUAACCAUCGCAAAUCUCGAUUCCGAUUGAGAAGCCUGCCAAACACAAUAUACCCCCUCACUGCAUUCCACACGCACAUAAUCAUUCUCCACGCUGAAUGCAUUUAGAUGUCACUGAAUGUAUGUUGCAUUUAUGCAUUCAACACCGUUGCACCGUUGAAUAAUUACUCUCGUAAGCAGAACCUGGAAUCGGUGCAUCAUCAUCACGCAGCUACUUUGUUUAACCGUUUUGCACGGCUAUCAGCUAUCAGUGCCAGAACUGUUCCACAGUUUUGGUUUUGUUUACAAUUUAUCGUGACGAUUGUGGGAAGCUCAGUCGGCGGUUUGCCUUCGUCAUCAGCAGUUCUGGGGAAUUCCGCCGACAAUCCAGUCGUCAAGUUCCAUAUUUCCGUGUGCUCGUGUUCGUGCUGUUCACACCAUGUAUUCCCCAAAUCCCAAUCCAUACACCCCGAUCGAUCCUAGCUCAUUCGGACUAGACCCAGGACCUCCGUACCCGGUAUAUCCGGCAGCCGACAUGUCCCACGGCUAUAAUUCAAAAUAUGGACCGGCACCUUCAGGAUUUGGCUUCGGAGGAACCGGUGGGCACGGAAGUGCCUACGGUCCGCCUGGGCCUUCUUCCGGCGGAUACGAUUACCAUGCUCCACAUCCGCAUUCAUAUCAACCCCCACACCCGAUUCCCUUCAUUAAGUUCAGCCCGAAGUCCGGGAGAAAGGGAAAAGGAGCCGCACUUUCGGCUCUCACCUUACUGGCUUUUCUCUAUUUUUUAAACCUGCUACAAAGCUGCCUAAAGGAACACAUGGAAACUAUGAAUCCGACUGUCAUGGUGAUGACUGCUGGUGCCACCAGACGAAAGGAUGCCGGGGAGAUUCUGCUGAGCGAUAAAGAUUCCACGGUUGGCGAAUAUGCAGCUGUCGAUGGAUACGGAGUGAAUGAUGAGAAGUUUCGACCCAUUACUUCCGGAUGGAAUCAUAUGCCUGUGGCCGGCUCCGAAGGGAAUGAAAAACAUGGAUAUGAAUAUCACAAGCAUAGUGCAGGAAGUGAAUGGUUUCGAAAAGAUGGUGGUAGAAAAGAUAAUAGUGAUUACUAUCAGUGAAAAGCGAAGCGUAGCCCUGUAUUUAUUGAAGCUAGGAAAAAAGGAAGCUAUAUUUUAAAUAAUUGAGAUACUUGUUGUGUGUUAAUGAGAAGCUUUUUUUAACAAAUAUGAUUUAACUGGCUUGAAAUUAAACCUUUCAUUCAAAUCAGAACUCUAAAGAUACCAAACUCUAUUGAACUAUCCACAGCCAGCACAAUCACUACUCAAAUAGAUUUUCGGUUUUGGUAUGAAUUUA